AUGGACAGUAAAGAAAAGCAGAUAGUAGUCCAUAGCAAAGGUAUUAGAUUUAGUUCGAGGCAGUAUAUUAUUACAAGCGGAAUCAACACAGACGACUCAAAACGUAUUCGCGACAUGGAUGAAAGUUCUCUUCGGUAUCGUCGUCGUCAACAGUUAGAAGAGGAGGCAUGGAAUCGUCUUCGUGGUACAAGUGCUGCUAUGGAGAGAAGCGAGCGAAAUGGUACAUCAUCGGGUACUCCGGCAGAUCGUGAAGGUUCACUGGUCGCUCGAAGUCCUUGGUCAAGACCUCCUGAAGCGUCAUCUCUCAAUGCCACACCGGCUCCUGACAGCACUCCUACUCCUACACCUGCUCCUAAAAAGGAGGCACCACCCGUGCGGCAAGUCGAGCAGAAACAGGCCUCGAAACCCACUCCCUUAAAUGUUCCGAGACCAACAAUACACCCUAGAAGUGAUGUAAGUCCCGCUCCGAGAUCACCGAAACCACCGCCGAGUCCUGCUCCAGUAAUCAGAGCAACUGAGCCAGCGAAGGAAGAGAACGAGGAGACUCGAGUCGCUGCCAGAAGGCCGCCACUACCCAGACAGGCCUCAAGCAACGACGAGUCGCUCAAUGAGAAGGUUGAGGUGAUUCGAAGGGCUCAUGCAGAACGUCAAGCUGCAUCUCUAGCUGCUUCCAGCGACGAUUCUGAGGCCGAAGAGGCAUCUCGACCCAAGCAACGUAUCCGAAUCGUGUGCCGUGCAGCAAGUACUACCCGCGAAGAGGAACCUCCGAUAGCUACAGCCGGCAGCGUCCCUCCAGGUGUACCGAUUCCAGUCACACAUUUCACAGGUGAGCCCGAGAUACCUGCAUGGCUCGCCAGAAGACGACAACGCUUUCAGCGAUCUCGAACUAACCCUGACCUUGCGUCCCAAUUCUGCUCACAGCGUGUACAGCAGUUACUUCAAGAGAGAGAUUCCCGUUUAGAUAGUUCGACGAGCACUGAAGAAGAACGAAGAAAUAUUCGUCGGCGAAGUGCAUCACGAGAACUGAAGGAGUAUGUGCCCUACGAGGUGGGACAUUGGCCGUAUGCGAUUCGAGUAACCAUCGGGUUUGUGUGUUUGAUCGAGAAGGCAAGUUUUUGCGGCAGUUUGGCGGCUAUGGCUCUGGACGUGGCCAACUUGACUCCAGCAGCCGGUAUUGCCACUUUCAAAAAUAAACUGAUUGUAUCCGAUCGAUACAAUCAUCGGGUAUGCAUCUUCGACAAUGAUGGAACGUACCUGAAUUCGUUCGGUGGUCAUGGGCAGUCCAAUGGGAAAUUUAACAAUCCAUGGGGCGUGGCUGUCGACGAGCUGGGAACCAUCUACGUUGCCGACAAGGAUAAUCAUCGGGUGCAAAUGUUUGACAAAAAUGGAUUGUUCGUGGGAAAAUUCGGCACGAAUGGACACGGACCAGGGCAAUUGCACAAUCCGUUAUUUAUUGCUGUGAAUAAUGCUAACCAUCAGGUCUACGUCUCGGAUUCGUCGAACCAUCGAAUUUGUGUGUUUGACGUUCAAGGAAUGUUCUUGUUCUCGUUCGGAUCCGAAGGGUUUCACGGUGGACAGUUUAAAUUUCCUCGUGGUGUUACAGUAGAUUCACAGAGCAAUAUCCUGGUCGCAGACUCAGGGAAUAAUCGUAUCCAGGUGUUCUCGUCCGAAGGCGAAUUCAUCUGCACGUUUGGCUCGUGGGGUGGAGGUGCCGGUCAACUGAAGGGUGUCGAAGCCCUUUGCGUGUUCGAUGGAGGCAUCGUCGCCAGUGAUCGAGAGAAUCACCGUAUUCAGAUCUUCUAA